UCAGAGAAACAAACACAAAAUCCGCUCUUUCCACAAAUCUAUUCUUUCUUCAAAAUGGCACGUACCAAGCAGACCGCUCGGAAAUCCACCGGAGGAAAGGCGCCGAGGAAGCAGCUGGCGACGAAGGCAGCGAGGAAGUCGGCUCCGGCGACCGGAGGAGUGAAGAAGCCUCACCGGUUCAGGCCUGGAACGGUGGCUCUGAGAGAGAUCAGGAAGUACCAGAAGAGCACUGAGCUUUUGAUCCGGAAACUUCCAUUCCAGAGGCUGGUGAGAGAAAUCGCACAGGACUUCAAGACCGAUCUCCGAUUCCAGAGCAGCGCCGUCGCCGCUCUUCAGGAGGCUGCCGAGGCUUACUUGGUCGGUCUCUUUGAGGACACCAAUCUCUGCGCGAUCCACGCCAAGAGAGUGACGAUCAUGCCCAAGGAUAUCCAGCUCGCUCGCAGGAUUAGGGGCGAAAGGGCUUAGAUUUGCGGAAAAAACUAAAAUGAUAUUCCAAGUAUUGUUUUCUUAUCCUCUUUUGUAAUUUUCCAUCUUUUGCUUGGUGGAAUCAAAAAUUUUUUUUUUUUUGAGGUUUCAUUAUGUAAAAUCUCGUGGAAAUCUAAUGUCUCAUUCGGUUAAUUUUUGUUUCUGUUGUUUUUGUCGUACUUUCCCUAUCUAUUGUUUAGCCAAAUCCGCCAAUUAUUA